CACGGUAACACUGAUAAGAGAUUCAAGUCCCUGCUACUGCUGAAGUGAACGCCGGAUUGUCCUCUCCCCGUGCGCUGCAGGCUGUGCUGCUUGGCGUGGUGGAGAUAGUGGGCGUAAAAGUGGGUCCAACUCCUGCUAAUAGAUACAAAAACACAGAUUUGUGACAACGAAUCCAAAGGCCAAACUGACCAAUCAGUCAAACAAAAAACCACGGAACAUGGGCAAACACAGAACUGCGCAGCAAGAUGCCAUAUUCAUCGCAUUUAUGGAGAGACACCCAAUGAUAGCCAAAAACUACCUCAAGGGUGAUAAGCUGGCAGCUGAAGCCGCCAGGAAGCGGCUUUCAAAGGAUUUAAAUAGCGUGGGUCCGCCUGUCAAAGAAGUUUGUGAGUGGAAAAGAGUAUGGAAAGACUGGAAAAGCUGCAUUCGUAAAAAGAUUAACAAUAACAGGUUGGAAGAUUCAAAUGCCUGCGGCAAAGGCUCGCUGUAUCAGGAUACACUCACUGCUCUAGAGGAUGCAGUGGCCGUGAUCUGUGACUUGUAUGAUAAGCCCGACAGAGUAGUCGAAUCUCGUCCAAAGGCACGUCCUGAAAUUUCCAACCGUUUGCAACUGCAGGACAUCAAGACCGACCACGACGAGGUCACAGCCACAGAUGACGAUGAUGAGGAAGAAGAUGACUGCUCCAGCCGGAUCAAUGACAGACAUAUGGGCGUGAAAUUGGAGCGCACUAGCACUUCGCAAACUCCAUCUGCCAAAAAGCGCAAGCUGGUUCAAAAUGAUGUAAAUGAAUUAGAAAUUGAACACGAGAGCACGGUGCCGAUGCUAAUGGACAUUGCAAAGGAGCUGCGGGGCAUGAAUAGACAAACUCGCUUGAACGCCCAGCGCACAGAAGCCAAUACGGACGCGCUUUUGGCUCUAGGCACACAGAUCUCAGACCUAAUGCAGCAACAGCUCAAGGAGCGCAAGCGUCUUAAUGCUAUAAUGGAGAAAUUUGUUCUCAAAAUCGAAACAACCUCAAGACCUAAUGUUUGACCAGGAAAGAAAGAUCUGUCCACUUUUUCAAACAUUUAAGAUUAUUAUAAUUAAUGUAAACUAGGCGCAUAAUGGGGAACCAUGGGCAUUUUUGAGAGAUGUGAAACGUCGAUUGGACAAACGAUAAAAUAAACAAUUUGUUUGCUUUGGCAAAUAUUUUGAUACUCAACAGACACGCAAUUGGUUUUGGCGGGAACCUUUUGAAUUGAAUUUUCUUGUCAAAAUUGUGUAGUGUACUGUUUUUAAAUCCCAAUAUCGUUUCUGGGUCUUUCGUUCAACGGUUUCCGGGUCAGAGGCUCACGAAUACAAUUAUUGAUGAGCAUAUGAAUGGGAAAAUUAUGCAUUAAUGACUAUGAACUAUACAAUUCUUAAAUAAGCUGCUUUUAUAGUAUUGCUAGUUAGGCUUG